AUGAAAGUGACGGAGUUGUACCUUCCAGUGAUGCAAGUAUGUCGACGUACAGUACAGAAUGUGAAUAUGGCUAAAGAAGAGAUCCAGCAAGAAAUCGACGAUCUGCGAGAAUCCUUACGUGCUGCUCAUAAACUGAUCUUGAAGUAUAAGACCGGUAAUGAUCCUGAUUCCAAUCGCUCUACACCUGAUGUUUCAAUGUAA